AUGGAUGAAGCUCAGCAAGGCAUGUUCUCAGCCGUGAGCUCACUCCUUUCCAAAACCGGCAUCCAGCCGUCUCUCAUCAACGCCCUGAUCGUGACAUGUGGCAGCUUCUCUCCGGCGCCCUCUCUCUCGUCGCUGAUGGUCAACCGUUUUCAGCUCAGACCCGACGUAAAAACCUACAAUCUAAGCGGCAUGGGGUGUAGCUCUGGUGUGAUAUCAAUCGAUUUAGCUGCUAACUUACUAAAGAAGAGCAAAGAGAUUGGAUACGUCUUGGUGGUCAUUACCGAGAGUAUUAGUUUGAACUGGUAUUUUGGUGAUAGUCGUCCCAUGCUGGUAACCAACUGCAUUUUUAGGGUUGGUUGUGCUGCGGCGUUGAUUACAAAUGAUCCGAGUUGUCGCCGUGUCGCCAAGAUGGAACUCAUACAGUCUCUUCGAACUCACCACGGAGCAAGCGACCGAGCAUAUAAAGCUGCAUUUCAAGAGGAAGAUGAUAAGGGCAACCUAGGUUUUGCUCUGACUAAAGAUUUGAUUCCAGUCGCAGGGAACUAUUUACGUGAGCACAUCAAGAUUCUGGCUCCCCGAGUUUUACCAUUGAAUCAACUUGCUAUGUACGCCUACUCGGUCCUUUGCUCUGCAGCAACAUGGGGGAACAAAAGCAAGUUCAAACCACUAUUUGUCCCAGAUUUCACCAAAGCUUUUGACCAUUUUUGUAUCCAUACCGGUGGGAAAGCUGUGAUCGAGCAGGUGGGGAGGGUUCUGCGAUUGGGAGACAUGUUGACUGAGCCGGCUCGGAUGAGUUUGCACCGAUUUGGGAACACUUCGAGUAGUCUAGUGUUCUAUGAGUUGGCUUAUUUUGAAGCCAAACGGAGAAUUAAGGAAGGAGAUAGGGUGUGGAUGUUGGCGUUUGGGACUGGGUUUAAGGUAGGGAGUCUUGUUUGGAAGUCACUUUCCGAUUUAGGUCAACAGAGUGAUAAUCCAUGGAGUGACUGCAUUGAUAACUAUCCAUUAAAGUGA